CAGUAACCCAGAGUACCUAGAUACAUACCUACCUGACGUUUACUUACAGAGCCCAGAGUGAGUCCCUUUACCUAGAGAUAGCAUGCCAUAUACCUACGCCAAGGACAGCGACAGGGUCUCAUAAUAAGAAGAGGUGCUCGGCCUACCUAUCUACCUAGACCCUUCUCACGCCUCCUUCCGAACCCGCGCAAGCCAAGGCAUCUCGACACAACCUGCACGCCUCGGUAUAUACCACAAUGGGCGUCCUGGCUCUCAUCGUCAUCAACAAGGCCGGCGGCCUCAUCUAUAACCGCACCUUCGGCGACGGCCUGAACCAGCUCAACACCAACGACUACCUCGUCCUCGCCGGGACCUUCCACGGCGUCCACGCCAUCACCGCCCGCCUUAACCCGCGCAAGGAGCUGCUCCAGGCCCAGCACCAGCAGGCGGUGGCCGCCGCGGCCGCCGCAGCGGCAUCGGCGUCGUCAGCGUCGGCGGCGGCGGCGGGGGGCGGCAGCGGUGCUAGCGCCAGCGGCGGCGGAGCGGCGGCAGGCGUGCCGAUGCGGCCGGACCCGCCGUCGGGCCUCGAGGUGCUCGAGUCGGAGAACUUCCGCCUGCAGUGCUUCACGACGCUGACCGGCACCAAGUUCCUACUCUUCACCGACACGCUGCAGGCCAACGUCGACGUCGCCAUGCGCCGCGUCUACGACCUCUACGCCGACUACGUCAUGAAGAACCCCUUCUACCAGCUCGAGAUGCCCGUCCGUUGCGAGAACUUCGACCGCAAGCUCAACUCCUACAUCCGCGAGAUCAACAGCUCCCGGUAGCACUAGGUUGCAGCGUCGGUCGCUGCCGUUUACACACUUUUUCUUUUCUUUCCCUCCUGGGUAGGGAUGGGGCCGCCCGCUACGGACUUGGUAUGGGGACUACGGGGAAGGGCUUCGCGCACACGCGCGCUCGAACGGCGUGGGAUCAGGGCAGAGAUAGCUAGCCGCAUUAUCGCAUGGC